CACGAGAGAAUUUUGUGUUCAACGGCAAGCAAUCAAGCGAUGAUCCGACUCUUGCAACGUCAAUCCUGAACAAAGGUCACAAUCACUGCAUCACAAUGAAGAAGCUUGAUUCGCAAACAUGCGAUGGCUUGCCCUACACCUUUUCAACAACGCUCGAUCACUCGUGAGGAUGUAUUUGGUGUCUAACGAUUCUGGUCGCGACCAUCAUUCACGUACAUGAUCGCAGCAGUCAACAGUCUACGAGUCAGGUGUGUCAAGUCAACCUGCCUCGAUGGCUUGUCGCCUGCACACCAACUACACGUCAUUCACCUCCGUCCAUCAAGACCGCGCUCAGCUCCAUGCAAUCCCGCGCUCUGAGCAAUCGAGCUUCGCUCCAGCAUUACAAAUGAAAGUCGAAAUUUCACGUUCGAUCAAAAAAGAGUAUUCGAGAGCUGGCUUGCGCUUUCAAAGCAAUUUUCGCCGCCGUGCAAGCGGGACUCAUCAUGCGAUACUUGAUGGAGCGACGUGACGAGGUGGAUGCCCCCCAGCAGCACUUUUCUCCCAUCUCCGCCAUUCACGUUGCAGACUCGAGACUCGUGACACCUUGCUGCACGGCACCGUCGGGCGAUUUUGUGCCUUGUGAUUGGAACGCAUCGAGGCCGCUUGCAAAAAUGAAGAUUGCGAGCAGUCAGAAAGCAGAGCGCAAUCGCUCGUUGACAACUCGUACAGGCUUGCGUUGCAGCAGUGACUAAGCGGGAUCGUCCGGAAAAGACCCCCCCUUGGCCUGUCACCUCCGCACGUGGGCUGGCUGGCCUUUGCCACUUUCGCAAUAAUCAACCAGGGAAGCGGGCGUCGGUGCUGCUUUUUGGAUUUCCGGCGCUGCACACAAAGUACACCUUGACUAAUUGCACCUGCCGCAGACGCCAAGCUCCAUCAGCUGUGGAAUGGAGCGAGCUGCUUGGCAGCUGAAUUCAAGUGCGUGUAUAGCUACAAGUGCU